AUGACAUGCAUAUCAUUAUCACAAAGUGCUUCGAAUGAGCUUGAUUCAAGGUUGCGGUUUCGACGACAAGCUGUAGACGCUGCCACAGGUGCCACUACUAGCGCCGACGGUAAUGCAGUUACCACUGGAUUAGAUGCUGAUGCAGCAACAGUCAUACUUCCUGACGGUACAACAAUUGUUUUGCCACCUGGAACUACGGCCACGAUUAAUGCUGCUGAUGAUUCUGCAACAACAGCUGCCGAUGCAGAUUCUGCAGCAACAGCUGCCGAUGGAGAUUCUGCGACAACGGUUGCCGAUGCUGAUUCUGCGACUGCUGCUGGUACCGCAGCAACAGUGGUCGAUGGUGGUUCGGAAACAUCGACCAUCAUCAUUGUCGACAAUGGCACUGAUGUAUUCACAACAAUUCAACCUGGGAAUGGUCAUGCUACAGAUGAAGCAGCGAAUGACACUAGUGCUGAUGCUACAAAGAUUUCUGAUGUGACUGCACUUGAUUUAACUACAGUGGAUUCAAAUGUAACCGAUAUUGCUGAUGUCAGGGAAACGACUCAAAGUUUGGACCGAAAAACUUGGGGAACAACCAUAGAUGCUGAUGAAUUCGAUGCAGGCUAUGAUGACGAGGGCGAAGACGAAAAGCCAGCUGAGCAAUCGACUGCAGUACCCGAAAACGGUGCUGAUGAAGAAGAUGAUCCUGUUCCAGAUGAACCUGCAAAGAUAUCCACUACAACACCAAAACCAAGUCGAGCACCUCCGUCAGGUUCCUCAGACGACGUUGAAUAUUAUGACGAGGAGGAUGAUGAUGACGACGAGAAGUCUAAACCAGACUCUAAGCCAUCGUCAGAUACCGAUUCCGAAAGUAAUGGAACACGAGGCAAUGAUACCGAGGAUGCAACUGUUCCAUCAGGUGUUCAACCAGGACCAGGUGGUCGUGUUGAACUUCGUGUUGUUGUCAGCCCUGAUGUUAUUCAAGUUCGACGUGGCCAAACAGUUGAAUUGACUUGCACAGUCUAUGGUGGUGACCAAAAUACAAACAUCUACUGGAUUCAAGACGAACCCGAACGCCGCUAUGCAAUCAUCGAUGCUGCUAGCCCAGGCGAUAAACAAGUCACAGCCUCUCAAGUUAUUUUACGUUCACGCAUCACACUUGACGAUCCAUCUAAAAUCGGCAAAUACACAUGUCAGGCACAAGAUGCUGCCCAAAAUACAGGUUCAGCUUCUGUUACCAUGCAAGAAGGUUCCGGUGGUUACUAUCCAGGCCCAGUUGGCCCUGCACCUGGACCGAGUGCUAGUCGCGGUUAUUUACGUAUUGUUGCACCCGAUAUGCAAGAAGGUGAUUAUGUCGAAAUUCACUGCGAAGGUGCAGCACCAGAAGAUGAAGGUCGUAUUGAAUGGUAUUUCAAUAAUAAAUUACUUGAAUCAGCGCCUGUUGGAAGCGAACAACCGUUAUUCCCACGUGGCAAAACUCUUCACAUUCGUCCCAUUUCUCGACCUUUCUUGGGCAACUACCGCUGUACCAUUCCGGGCAGUGGCUAUGCUGAUGCUAAUAGUGUCUUAACAUUUGCCGGACAAGGCGGUGCUCCAGCUCCACAACCAAUUGCACCAUCGGGCCGAUGCAAUAUCGAUGAAGCCACUUGCCGAAAUGGCCGAUGUAUUCCACGUGCCUAUCUUUGCGAUGGUAAAAACGAUUGCGGAGACAACAGUGAUGAAUCCUGUUCACAACCUAGUGGAAGUGGUACGGAUGUGUGUCAACCCAAUGAAAUUCGUUGUUCGGACGCUAGCCGUGGACGUAAAUGCGUUCAGAAAUUCUGGAUGUGCGAUGGUGAUCGCGAUUGUGAUGAUGGUAGUGAUGAACAAAACCACUAUUGCGAAUUACUUCCUGUACAAGCUCGCUGUAAACCAAGCGAAUUUCAAUGCGCAAGUGUCAAUGGCACGUAUGGAAAUCCCGUGUGUAUUCCACGAUCAUUUCAAUGUGAUGGCUACAAUGAUUGCCCUGAUCGUUCAGACGAAAUCGGUUGCACUAAACCAACGGUGAUUUCACCACCACAAAGACAAAUUCAAAUCAAUGCCGGCGAAACGUUAACUAUUCAAUGUACUGCUCGUGGUUCGCCAGCACCAUACAUCAAUUGGCGUCUCAAUUGGGGACACAUCUGCGGUGACGGCUCAGACAAUGGACGAUGUACAAUGGCACAAUCAUUAGAUCCCAAUGAUCCAAGCCUUGUUACUGGUACGCUUACAGUUCGUAAUUGCAAUGCCAACGAUGGUGGUGCGUACUCAUGCGAAGCCCUCAACAACCAAGGCUUCAUCUUUGCUAUUCCCGACGCCAUUGUCAAUGUCAUCAUUGAUGGACGAGUACCACAACCUCAACCAUGCAAUUGUCAUGGCCAUUCAACAACUUGUUCAGCAGAUGGUCGAUGUCUGAACUGCCUACACAAUACUGCUGGUUAUAAUUGUGAACAUUGUGCUCCAGGCUAUCAAGGUGAUGCACGCCGUGGUACACCACAAGAUUGUCAAUACAUCGCACCAGUUCCCAUCGGAAAUUGCGAUCCUUCGGGCACACACACGGAACGUAAUGGACGCUGUAUUUGUAAAUACAAUGUUGAAGGUGAUCGAUGCGAUCGAUGCAAACAUAAUAAUUUCUAUUUGAAUCCUAUAUCACCAAAUGGUUGCUUACCAUGCUUCUGCUCAGGUGUUUCAAGUGAAUGUCGGUCAUCAGACUGGAGACGACAAGCUGUCGCUCUUCCAUUGGAAAAUUGGAAUGCCGUACCAAAAACAUUUGCCACUGAUCCAUAUGAAGCUGGUGACAAGAUUCAACGUCGUCAAAACGGUCGUGAAAUCGCUCUUGAUCAGAAUUCAUUGGGCCGACCUGCCAAUGAUGUUCUCUACUGGAAAGCACCGAAAGAAGUUCUUGGUGAUGUUGUUACAUUAUACGACGGUAACAUUGAUAUCCAUUUCACCAACGAUGGCAACGAUCAAGAAGCACCAAGCAGCGACGAAUUCAUUUGGCUUCGUGGUAACAAUAUUGAUCUUGUUCACAAACUCCCAUCUACACAACGAUUCAAAGCCAAUACGAAUGCUACAUAUUCAGUACCAUGCAAUGAACGUACAUUCACACGUAAGGAUGGCGCACACAUUGAUCGAGAAAAUAUUCUCAUGGCACUAUCUGAUUUGGAUACUUUCCUCGUUAAAAUCAAUCCAAUUGGUGGUCGACGUAACGCCGUCCUUCGUGGUGUUACAUUGAAUGUUGCUGCUCGCGAUGGUUAUCUUGAUGCCGCUCCAACAGUUGAAUCCUGCAGCUGUCCAGCUAACUAUACUGGUACAUCGUGUGAAAAAUGUGCCGAAGGUUAUGGCCGCCCACAUCCGUUGGUCGGUAUCUAUUUGGGACAAUGCUGGUCAUGCCGAUCAUUAUGUCAUGAACGAUCAGAUCAAUGCGAUCGCGACACAGGCAAAUGUUCAGGCUGUCAAGGAAACAGCGAAGGUGAUCGAUGCGAACGAUGUCGUCCAGGAUAUAUUCUCGAUGGACGUAGCAAUCAAUGCGUCCGAGAAGAUCAAUAUGGACCAUAUCCAUCACAACCAGAUGGUGGCCGAGGCACAUACUUUGUGGGAGAACGACCAUAUGGUGGACAAGGUUCCGCACCAUUACGUAUUGUUUUGGACAAGAAUCAGCCAGAACAACGUAUUCCACUUCAAAUUCUCAACAUUCAACCACAAUCAGUUGUUUGGGGUCGUACCGAUGGUCGACCAUUGCCAGCUGGUGUCUUCCAAGAAAACAACGAUCUUGUCAUUCGAAACCCAUCACAAGAACAAGCUGGCAACUAUGUUUGCACAAUUACUCAUUCUGAUGGUAGCGUUGAACGCAUCCCAGUCUACUUAGACUAUCCAGAUGCGUCACAACCUGGCGAACGACCUCAACCUAUCGGCGGUGGUCCACCAAAAGUAGUCAUUCAACCACGUGUCAUCAACUUGAAAGAAGGUCAACGUAUGAUUGUCCAAUACUCUGUUGCUUCACAUGAACCAAUUGAAGUUGUUUGGAAUAAAUUAACUGAUCAAGGCUAUCAACCAAUUCCAUCAUUGUUCACUGUCGAAUCCAAUCGUCUUGUCCUCAACCGUGCUACACCUGAUGCAGCUGGUGAUUACCAAGUCGUUGUUCGCAAUUCACAUGGUGAAGAUAAACAAGAAAUUCGUAUCAACGUUGAACCACGUCGUCGUCGUGGUCAACCUCAAGUUCGCUUCCAACAAAGCCAAUAUAGCAUUGGAUCUGGCGAAACUAUCGAUAUUGUACCCAACAUUUCGGGAUCAAAUGGUGCAACAAUCACUUGGUCAAAAGAUGGUUCAACAAACUUGCCUCACGGUGUAACAGCUCGUGAAGACGGUUACUUACGUAUCGAAGGUCACUCUUCUGAUGUUGCUGGUCAAUACAGUCUUGAUGUAACCAAUGCUCGUGGUCGUACAUCAUCACCAAUUACAGUUCAAUGGAGAGACGCAUCAAGUCAACAAGGUCAAUACGCUAAUAAUCAAUAUCGACGAGUUCAAUGGAAUGUUCAUCAACUUGAUCUAAGUGAAGGACAUCGUCUCGAGGCUAUUUGCCGAACUGAUGUCGAUCCAUCUACACUCCAGUUAGAUGUCACACGGUAUAACCGACAACAACGCGAACGUACCCCACUUGGUCUCUCAUUCUCAAAUGGCUAUCUUUCGCUAGCUGCUGUUACUAAACAAGACGACGGCCUUGAAUUUAUCUGCUCAUCAGGAGAUAUUUCUGAUAUUUUAACACUCCGUGUUCGCUCAUCGAGUGCUGGCGGUCAAGAUCAACAACGUAGUUACAUUGCCGUUCAGUUCCAAUCACGUGACGAACAAAAUCAUCAAGUAGGACAUGAUAUCUACUUACAGUGUGCUGUUCAUGGAAGUGUUGAACGUCCAUAUGAAUUUACAUAUACAAAAGACGGCCGUCCAUUAGAAAGCAAUGUGGAAGUACAUCCUGCUGGUUUAUUGAUUAUUCGUAAUGCUCAAGCACAAGACGCUGGUCGUUAUCGAUGUGAAGUUACCUUCCCACGUGCACCAGAAGCUGGCACACAAGAAAGCAGCUAUGAUCUCCGUAUUGGUGGUGCUGCGGCUAGUGGUUAUGAUCAACAUUAUCAGCACGGUGGCGAUUAUGGUCAACACGGUGGUGACCAUGGACAACAAAGCGGAUAUGUUGAAGUUACUGUCGAACCAACCGAAGUAACUCUCGCUCGUGGUGAGAGAGCAACAAUUACAUGCCGAGUCAGAGGUGCUGAUCAAUAUAAAGUUACAUGGGGCCAAUACGCACAUGACACCAGUCUCCCGAGCUUCGCUCGUCAAGAAGGAAACGACGUCAUAAUCGAACCAACCGCUGAUACAUCUGAUACUCAAAUGUACUUUCAAUGUCAAGUUGAUGUCCCAGGCCAAGGUCAAGCCCAUCAUGCUUAUGCACCGGUCAAUAUUCGCGGUGGAGAGCAAUUAACAAUUCUUCGCAGACCGAAGUUGAUUAUUGAACCGUCAUCAUACAUUCGAGUAUCUCACGGAGAAAAAUUACGAGUUUGUAUCGUAGAUGUUUGUAUAGAAUCAUAUUCUAUUAACCAACUUCAAAAAAAAGAAGAGAUAUUAAUUACACUACUAAAUCAGCAUUCUAAUGGUAUACUGGAUUUUGAUUCUAUAUCCGAAUCGGACAUUGGUCAAUAUGUUUGUCGCGGUCGAAACCGCGUUGGUUAUACGGAGGAGCCAGUAACGAUCGAGAUUUCUGGAACUCCACCGUCGAUUGAUAUCGCACCAAAAAUGCAUAAUGGGUAUCUUCAAGUACCCUUUCAAUCUCGACAAACCAUUGCAUGUCUCAAUCAAGAUAAGAACACAUCUGUUGAUAUUACUUGGCGCCGAGCAGACAUUGCUGAUUACGAAUUGUCCAAGACGCCGUACUUAUUUCCCCCGAAUAUGCCUCUACUCUUCGAACAUAAUGGCACUUACGUCUGUAUCGCAACAAACAGAUAUGGAUCAACUUCGAAAACUAUCAUUCUCGAUGUUCAAAAUAUCAGCUAUGAAAUAUCGAUUGACAUCGAACCGAUGAAUAUCUUUCCUAUAGAUAGUGAGAUUAAGUUUAACUGUAAAUUACCACAUGCACGACGCAUAUGGUGGUCGUCAAUCAAUCAUCGACGACGAGAAAACAAUCCAUUGAGAAUGCGUUUCGGUUUAAAAUCGAUUAAUAAGAGAUUUAUUUGUCACGCCAACGAUAUUGACGGAAAAUUACAUCGAAAAAUCGUUCGAAUUCAACGCUAUUCGCAAGACAAGUUGAUUGCAAUAGUUAGCAACAACACCGUUGAUCGAACCUUACACGAAAAGAGCCAAGAGAUACAACCAUCGGAAAUCUUUAUCAAACUGGUUACUGCUUCAAAUGGUAUUCGCGAAGGAGAAAUUAUCGAUAUCUAUUGCUAUGUCGAAGGUCUUCCAUCUAAGAAUCUCUCCUGGUCGUUUCAUUCAGGUUUAUUGCCCAGCAAUACCUAUAUGACAAAUGAUGGGCAUCUACUGAUCUACAAUUUCGAUAAAUUUAAUCUUGGCACUUACACAUGCUCGGCCGAUACUCCAAAUCGGCAUCUCUCUCGUUCGAUUGACUUCCAACCGAACAAUUUAUCUCGUGCACUCGAAACAAGCCUCUCCUUACAAGUGUAUUCAUCAUCUUCCGAUUACUACGUCGGUGGUCGUCUAAUAGUUGAAUGUGUUUCUACAAAUCCGUCGAUUUCAACCAGGUGGAUUAAACAUACAGAGAAAUCCAUUCGAAAUGUUUCUCAAUCAUUUCUUUUCUUCAAUAAACUCACUCGAAAAGAUAUUGCACGGUACGAGUGUAUAUCACUGAAUUCGACGAAACCUCAAGCGAUUGGCUUUGAUGUCACAGAAGCGAAUCUUUAUACGAAUGAUUUACCAUGUAGAUCAACAUCGUCUCUUCAGAUAGAUUUUCUUUCGUCCGUCACUCAAUUGAAACUCAACGGAAAUAUUCUUCUCAACUGUUCAUCCCCUGACAACGCGUCCGUUCGAUGGAUGUCAAAUCAUUCUGUACACGGAAUCAUCGUCAACAAUUCUUAUCUUCAUAUUCCGAAAUUUACCGCGAAGCAUUUCGGUUCGUAUCAAUGCAAGAAUUCUCAUACACAAAUAUUUAUAUCAAUAUCUCAAACUCUGUUUGAUUCGAUCAACAAUUUCGAUAUUCACAAAAUGAAGGUCAUUCAACCAAACCAAUCAAUGAUUGAAAUCAUUCAAGGGAAAUACGUUGGAGAUAAUAUUACGCUAAUUUGUCGACUCGGACACGAUAUUCCCCAUGGAAAAGUUGUUUGGUUAAAUAUACCCAGUCGUUCUAAACAUGUACAUAUUCGCGGUCCUCGUCUCGAAUUCCAUCCAUUUCAGUCAGAGCACCAUGUGUUCGACACAUAUGUAAAUAUUCAUGAAAAUAACGAAGAAAAACCGAGAAUAAACAUAACUGUUGAUAUGUCGAAAUUAUUUUCAAACCGCGAAUUGAGAUUGAUUUGUUAUUCAGAUGAUUCAGACGCCGAUCAUCAAUGGAGCGUCAACGAUCGGCUGCCAUCUACGAAAGUUUCUUACGAAUUGUCAAUAAACGAUCGAACCUCAAUAUUAGUUGUACCUGAUUUUGAUCUUCGGUACGAUCUGGGAAAAUAUCAAUGCUUAACAAGGAAUAGCUUUGGCACAACGUCGAAAUAUGUGUAUAUCGAUGAAAAAGUUCUUCGAUAA